UGUGUGGGAGACAAGACGCGGUGUUGGAAAGAUAAUGUUGGAUGCUGUUUGUUGGAUAUUGAUGUUCUACCUUAGAACGAAGGAGCAACUUUUUCCACAUGGGCUUGUGUGUAUGGAAUGAGUCGCCAGAGGAAGUGGUGGAGUCUCACUUCAAAGCAUGGAUGAAGAUAGCCUCAUUAAAAGACGGUUUAUAACUGAAGCUGAAUUAGAUGAAAGACGCAAACAAAGACAGGAAGAGUGGGAAAAAGUUCGUAAACCUGAAGACCCAGAAGAAUGUCCAGAGCAGGUCUAUGAUCCUCGAUCAUUAUAUGAAAGGCUUCAAGAGCAGAAGGAUAAGAAACAAGCUGAGUUCGAGGAGCAGUUUAAAUUCAAAAAUAUGGUAAGAGGCCUAGAUGAGGAUGAAACAAACUACCUUGAAGAAGUUUCUAGGCAACAAGUGCUCUUAGAGAAGCAACGCAGGGACGAAGAUGCUAAAGAGUUGAAAGAAUAUAGAAGCGCUCGCACAAAACUUGCAGCAAAUACUGAAUCGAGAAAAGACACUGAGAAGAAAGCAGCUGCUAAACCAGCAGAAAACAAGAGCAAGUUCUCUCAAGCAAAGCUGUUAGCCGGAGCUGUAAAACGCAAAAGCUCGACAAGCUCUGAAAUGGUUAAAAAACAGAAGGUGGAUAACGUUGACAGAAGUGAUCAUGAUGAUGAAGACCGCUGCAAUCCAGCAGAGUCUGAUUUCUUAACUGGCACAGCAAUCCAGCAUCCUUCAGCGAGUGUGUGUGUUGGAAUUCUCCCUGGCCUUGGUGUCUACUCGGGGAGCAGUGACUCAGAUGCAGAGUCCAGCUCGGACAGUGACAUUAUCAUCAACACUGGAGGUCGAAUUAUCUCUUCAGUCUUUCGUUCCCACCCUUUUCCUGAAAGCCCAUGAAGUGAAAUAUUUUAGGCAGUGUUUUAUUUGUGCAGAGUGGCUUGUAACAUGCUGGCUUCUGUAUAAAAUGGAAUAGAAAAGGUUUAUGUUUGGCUUCUCCACUUCUGGCAGCCAUAUGUGAAUAUAAAAGUUCAAAUCCCAUUCAAAAGCCGAUUGGAUAAUGCAGCAAGCCACUGCACAGUUAACUGUACAGAGGUGAGUGCCUUUGGACUUGAAUCCAAGGGCGAGAUAUGUUGUUGAAUAUUGUCAACAUUUUAAGUGUAAAUAAUUCUUUUUACACUCGCAUGCUUAAAUGAUACAGCUAGUUGUGAGUUAAGACAAUAGAACUGGUAGCCAUACUUUGGCUGUUAAUGUACAGCUAUGAAUAAGAUGUAUACCUGUGUGUAUCAAUGUUGAUGGCCAAUAGCCAUUUAAGAAGUAAAUAAAUUCUCUGUCAGUCCCCA